UUCCUUAUAGCUCUAACAUGUCUGGACGAGGAAAGCAGGGCGGCAAGGCUCGCGCCAAGGCCAAGACCCGCUCCUCCCGGGCCGGCCUGCAGUUCCCCGUGGGCCGCGUGCACCGCCUCCUCCGCAAGGGCAACUACGCGGAGCGGGUGGGCGCCGGCGCCCCGGUGUACCUGGCGGCCGUGCUGGAGUACCUGACGGCCGAGAUCCUGGAGCUGGCUGGCAACGCGGCCCGCGACAACAAGAAGACGCGCAUCAUCCCGCGCCACCUGCAGCUGGCCAUCCGCAACGACGAGGAGCUCAACAAGCUGCUGGGCCGCGUGACGAUCGCGCAGGGCGGCGUCCUGCCCAACAUCCAGGCGGUGCUGCUGCCCAAGAAGACCGAGAGCCACCACAAAGCCAAGGGAAAGUAA